UUAAGAAUUAAUCUUUUAUAUUUGCAUUCAUAUUCAUCUGUAUAUUAUUUGUAAGCCCAUAAGUUAGACAUACCGAGGAUUGUUCAUACAAGUGCGUUUAUUCCUGGAUCUCAAAGAGCAGUCGGUAGGGCGAACAUGCUCCCGAAAGAUAAUCCGCGAUCGCAUCUCGAAGACGGUGAAGAAAAAGACAAUGUCUUCGGAGUCUAAAAGCCUGCCUCCGCUUUUUAAAGAUCGGAACAAAAGUGCCACGAGGAAUUUCAUGAAUUUUCGCCGCGGCGUCGCGCGCGUGGCGGGCAUUGUACGGGAUUAAACCUGCACGUUCCUGAAGAGGUUCCCGACGAAUCGAUCGUGCGAGUCGUCUACGGUUCUUCGUUGCCUUCGAUUCGGCGAUAUUUUCAGUGAUAUCUUUCGCGCAAAGUACAACGACAGCAAGAAGGUAUCCAGGUUCGAGCGAAUUGUCACCGAUGAUGAAGUAGUGCGAACGUUGUGCCAAUCUUUUCAUUGACUUCAACAGCGUAAAUGGAGCAAGAGCUGGUUACCAUGAGACAUUACGAGAUGACUAUAUAGCAAUAUAAUCUGCGAGAAUUCGUGAGAAAAGCGCAAGAAUCGUAUCGGAGUUAAUGUAUCGUGAGAAAAGCGCAAGAAUUUAUGUGGGAGUUAAUAUAUCGGAAUUUAUAUGGAAUUAUUAUUGAUGAUGAGAUAAAACAUAGACAUUACAACUUCUUAACGCCAAUUUAUUGUAAAUUAAUUAUAAAUAAAUUAUGAAACGCACAUUAAGAAUAAUUUGUUUAUAAAGAAUUGUUGCGGAGGACAAAAUAUAAGUGAUAAAUACAUGUGAAUAUACGUCAUAGUAAUUAGACGUCAAGAAAAUUACUGCUGAUAAUAAGAUAAUUUAAAUCGUUCUUUUUUAAAAUCGAAUUUUUUUUAUCGAUUUGCUGUAAAUUCAAUAUGGAUUGGCUAUCUCUUUGCGUCUGUGGCACAAAGCACGAUUCCAACGAUAGGAAGAUCGAGAAGGACGUAAAGCGCAAAAAGAGCAAGAAAUCUAAAAAGAAUCCCAAGCAGAAAGGCUCUCGCAAACCGCCGCCGUUCAUCGUCGACGAGUUCUUGCGCAAAUCGCAAGACGAACAGCCGAAAGAAAUCGCGGAAAAGGAACGGACGAACGGAGAAAUUGUUAAUUACCUCAAUGAUUGCGCGAAAAGUCAGAUCGGCUCGACUGAUCAAACUGAUCCAUCGAAAGUCAACGGUUCACCAUCUUAUCAAAUCGGCAGCGAUUAUGAGAGAAGCUUUGAGAAGUGUUUCAAGAACUCGGAAAGAAACGCGAGCGAAUCCGCUCGAAAACCAUGUGAUAUCGAUUAUCACGACAAUGUGAUGCUGCAUUCGAGACGCGCGUCGAGCACCGCGGACGAAAACGAGAAGCAAGUCAAGUGUGUCUCGGAUGAGGGAGAACACAACGAAGAAGAACUGGACGAAUUCAUCCCGAGGUCCGGAGAGCUCGAAGAUUUAUCUUGGACGUCGGAAAUCGAGGACAGACGGGAUACGGAAUCGAAUUUUGAUAGAGAGCUCGGUGAAAGAAUUUCGUCCAGAAUUAAUUUUGCUAAAGAGGAGCAAGGAAAGUCGAGGGCGAAAGCUUCUCUGAAGAAAAAAGGGGCCAGGAACAUUCUUCCACCGAUCAAAGGAUUAUCUCGCGCGGAGGCUCGCAUGGAUAAUGAGGAACUGCAAGCGCACGGAGAGACGAAUAAAUUUGGUUUUAAGAAAAGCGCGGCGUUUCACGAGCGGCUCGAGGCUCGACGGAAGUUGAACUCGUGCAGCUUCGAGGUUCGACCGUUCGAGGAUGAAGAACAAAGCGGAAAGACGACGAGAACUCGGGGCGAGGGGUCCAUGAUACCCAGACUUGCGUCUCCACUGCGACAGGGAAUGAAUUCGAUCAAGAACGACAGCGAUAAAUCAGAGAUCGUGCAAAAUGGUCGCGUUCACUCGGCAGUCGUCUCCGGUAUUAAUUUAGAGCAGCGCACCGUAACUGUAGAAUGGUUCGAGAGAGGAGAAACCAAAGGCAAAGAGGUGGAAAUCGACGCGAUUCUUGCCUUGAAUCGCGAUCUGAACCAAAAGAUGGGACCACGAACCGAGAUAUGUGCGCUACCGCAAGUGAUGAACAACCACAUGUUGGCGUCCUCAAAAGCAAAGGAGCCGGACUCCUCGGCUGAGGAGGACGAGGGGGUCGACGAGUCGGAGAACCAAGAGGAGGGCUCCCUCGGACGCCAUGGUGGUCACACCACGAGAAACGGCCUCGCAUCCGCAACGCUUCCUGUACGAGUCACAUCUCGUCUCUCGCACUCCACCAGGCUGUCUAUCCCAGUGAAAGCGGGUUCGAAUAGGCAAUUGUCACGACCGACGGGUCGCCCGACGAACAUAAUGCCAUCAACCACGUCGGUGAACGGUCACGGCGAAUCGGUUUCCGGCCUCACCGGACGUCGGGAGCUCGAGAACAUACCGCCGACGCCGACGGCGGCCGUCACGCAAUGCCUGAUGACCCCGGUGCAGAACAGACAGCAGAAACAAGCGCAGCAGCAACAGCAGCAACAACAACAGCUGCAGCAACAGCAGCAACAAGCUCAGAUAGAGAACGGCCGGGGUAGGCGAUCCAAUGUCGUCAAGGAAGUCGAGAGACUGAAGAAGAACAGGGAAGAAAGAAGGCAACGUCAAGCGGAAUUGAAAGAGGAGAAGGAAGCGUUGAUGAAUCUGGAUCCAGGCAAUCCGAAUUGGGAAUUUUUGGCUAUGAUAAGGGAAUAUCAAAACAGCAUAGAGUUCAGGCCGUUGCGAGAGACCGACCCCGUGGAGAAUCAUCAGAUCACAGUGUGCGUGAGGAAACGUCCGCUCAACAAGAAAGAACACACGCGCAAGGAGAUCGACGUGAUCAGCGUGCCUAGCAAAGAUCAGAUGGUGGUGCACGAGCCGAAGUCCAAAGUCGACCUCACCAAAUAUCUUGAAAAUCAGAUCUUCAGAUUUGAUUAUGCGUUCGAUGAGACGUGUAACAACGAGAUCGUCUACAAGUAUACAGCCAAACCAUUGGUGCAGACGAUCUUCGAGGGUGGCAUGGCUACGUGUUUCGCGUACGGUCAGACUGGCAGCGGCAAGACCCAUACAAUGGGCGGCGAUUUCAAUGGCAAGACGCAGGACUGCAAGAAGGGCAUCUACGCCAUGGUUGCCAAAGACGUGUUCAAAUGCCUCAAACUGGCCAAGUAUCGGCCCCUGAAUCUGGUCAUUUCCGCUAGCUUCUUCGAGAUUUAUUCCGGCAAGGUGUUUGACCUUUUGGCAGAUAAGGAGAAACUGCGAGUUCUGGAGGACGGCAAACAGCAGGUCCAAAUAGUCGGAUUAACAGAGAAGGUCGUGGAGACUUGCGACGAAGUAUUAAAGCUAAUACAGCACGGAAACAGCGCCAGAACGAGCGGUCAAACGAGCGCUAAUUCUAAUUCAUCGAGAUCACACGCGGUGUUCCAAAUAAUAGCGCGUAUCCCGGGCACACAUAAGGUACACGGAAAGUUCUCGCUUAUCGAUCUUGCUGGUAAUGAAAGGGGUGCUGAUACGUCGUCCGCUAAUAGGCAAACUCGAAUGGAAGGUGCUGAGAUCAAUAAAUCUCUGUUAGCAUUAAAAGAAUGUAUACGCGCGUUAAGCCGUAAGGGUACGCAUUUGCCUUUUAGAGCAAGCAAAUUGACUCAAGUAUUAAGGGACAGUUUUAUCGGUGAAAAAUCAAAAACAUGCAUGAUAGCGAUGAUUAGUCCCGGGAUGAGUUCCUGCGAGCACUCCCUAAAUACGUUAAGAUACGCGGAUCGAGUGAAAGAAUUGGCGGCAACUGAUCCUACGGAAAUAAAAGCUUCGCCGACGGAUGAUGAUAGGGGUAUGAAGAUUGAGGAACAGGGAAACAAUAGCGUGUUAUCGGAUAGCGAUUUAGCACAGCUUCGAUCUCUCAAUGAAGGUGAACUCUCGCAAGAUUUGUACACUUUCCAUGAAGCAGUAUCAGCUCUGCAGAUGCUUGAAGAAGAAGUGUUGGAUACGCACAAACUGGUCAUGGAUAAUACGACUAAAUUCCUUAAUGACGCGCACAGUGUAUUCAGCGCGACUCAUGAGGUGGAUUACGAUCAAGAAGAUUUGAGGCGGAAAAGAACAAAGUUUGAGUCACCCUACCUGAGGAGUUUCUCGUUGCGUAGACGUCUUAUAGAGAGAAAACUAUUUUCGGACGCAUAUGCCCAAAAGUGGGAGCAGUUGUUAAUACAGCAACGUGACAUUCUGAACGCCGCGCUCGACCAAGUCAGCCAGUUCCGCGGGCAGCUGUUGCAGGAGGAACAAAUCAGUCAGAAGAUGACCCGAUCGCGCAACAUCACCAUGCGGUACAAUUAAGGAUGUUAUAACGAACCCUUCUAGCGAACGCGAAAAAAAGACACAAAAAGUAAUUGUCUCUCACCGGUGAAAAAAGCCCGCUUCUUAUGUGUGUAUCAAUUUUUAAGUACAAGUGCGCGCGCGCGCGCGCCAGAAGCAGAUUUACCAUGACACUAGUGCGACAGUCCAUAAAAAACGCAAAAUGUAACAAAACUUCAUCUUGCCUUCGAAAUUGCUACGAAAUAUACGCCGUCGAGGCAGCAAAGAGCUCGACUCGUAAAUCUCAUCUUAGCAAUCAUAUCUUGUAUCAUAUAACGAUUCUUCUCGAAUGAUCCUCCGUAGCAAGAUGACAGAGUAAGAAGAAGGAAUUCCACAGGAAGGGAUAUGUAAGGAAGCCGAAGUACGGCAGGCAUAAUAACAAUAAUCGCUUAAGAAUUCACCAGCGAGAAAUUAACAAUUUGUUAUUUUUACCGUAUCAGAUACGUUUAUCUCGGCCGGAGUCGGCGAAGAAAUUUUUUAGUCAGGAUUUUUCUUUAACGCCUCUUUUAGCUUGGAAUCGUAGGAAAUUUUAAAGCGAAUACGGAGCCACUCGCGAAGAUAAUAAACGAACACGUUUGUUUCGGCUCGGGGAUCCAAGUUCAAUACGUAAUUGCAUAUUUUUUUUCGAAACGAGUUUUUACGUGUUUUACAUACUUUCGGGCCGCACCGAGAUCAGCAAAAUUUUAAGCCGUCAACGACACGUCGAUACUCAAUUGUAUCCGUUUAUCCGUUUUUAGAUGCGAAGCACCAUUGCGAAUGAUAAUGCGUAAGCUCCACACCAUCAAAUGAACACUCGUUUUUUUUUAGGCUGUAGAAUGCUAGGCGUAUUAUUACGAGGGACCCAGUGUAUUAUUGGAUAAAGGAAAAAGCCUUAGUGAGCCGAUUUGUCAGAAAAGAAAGCAGAUAUGUCACGACGAUACUUUGUACACACUCAUUAACACGCGCAUACGUACAAGUGCAUACAUACACACGCGUAGCGAUCGACUUCUUUCGCGAACCAAAUAACGACUGAUUUCCGAGAGGAGGAAAAGAAAAAGAUGUAACUCUUAGUUCGUAAGAAGGAAACUACCCAGCGGCGCUGAUCCGGAUAUUUAAGUUUCUUAGUAUUAAUAUCGUCGACGGCAUCUCACAAACGGUCCUCUUUUUUUUCUUACGUUAUUAAAAGUAUGAGAUUAAAUCUUCAUUUGGUUUAUCAACGCAUACGCCUGUGUUUUCUUCCUCACUCUACUGAAUCAAUACUCAAUACUCGCGGAGCGGUCUCAGCGUGCGCGCAAGCUUCACAAGCUUUACUAUGGAUACGUCCAACGGAAUACCGUCGAUUUUCAUGAUUAUAGCUACUGCAGUGAAAGUGAAGGUAAUGGUCCCCCUAUCGACAUAUUUUCUUUAAGCAAAGAAAAUCGAAUCCGUAAGAUAUCCGUAAGUUAUAUAAAGCAAUAAAUUCUUAUCUUAUCCCAUUUCUGAUCUCUACAUUCUCUAAAAUGCAUCGCGACAAAAAUUCGAUACAAAUAUGAUGCUAAUAUUAUAAUAAUACCUGGAAUCAAUGUUCUUUGGCCGGAAAUAUAAAACUCCUCCAAUAAAUCGUAGAAAGCAGAGCUAGGGUUCACAAUCAGUGUUCAGCAUUCGUGUAUAAUUUAAGAAACGCAGUAAUUUUUUAAAAUAUACUGUUUUUUAAAUAUUUUAAUGUCGACAAGACAUUCUCAGUAUUUGUCUAAAAUAUUUACGGUCUCUAAAAUAUUUACCGUGUCUUAUUCAUGCAGGCCGACUAGUUUCUUAUCACGAUUUGUCGAGGAUCAUACAUCGCAUUACAAUACCAAUUGCAAGGAGAUAUAUAUCGCACUGCAGUCGCACUAGACAAUAGAGAGUUAAGAAGAUUAAUAUAACGCGUAUCGCACGUCACACGACUUUAUCUCUCUUGAUGAUUUUAUCCCGGAUUCCCGUUCCUGUAUAAGAGCGUAAGAUCCUCUCGUGUACUCGCGAGUUAACAAUCAUUAUUACGUGUAGAGAAUCGUUUCAAUUGUAACUCGAGGGAAGUUGCUCUCGGUCUUGAAAGCUUAGAGAUAAAUUAACAAAGUAACAAUAAUAACGCGCGGAUAGAGUGGAUAGAUGGGAGUAACGGAACAUUGACAUCUGUGUUGACACAAGAUUUACGAUUUUUUAUAUAAAUAUAUGAAGAGUACUCAUAGCGGAGUUGUUUGAAGAAAUUGUUUGAGAUUACUGUUGUAUCAAAGGUAAAUAAGAUGGUAGCGCGUGCCGCCGAGGGCAUGCUCUAAUUUAAUUCAACGUAUCGGGCGUGUAUUAUCGAUCGGAAGCUGCGAUGACCACGUAUUAGAGUCAUGCUUCGCUCGUCGAAAAAGUUGUUUCUCGCUACAUAUCCGACGUUUUCCGAUGGUUGCUAAAUAUAUGUCGCCUUGAUUAAGAAAAUGCUAAACGUUUUCGAGGCAGUUGGCGACUGCCGUAGCUCAGGCAUACGAGUAUGUUCCCAUCGUCGAGAUUUAUAAUUUAGCUUUUCUUUAAGACACCACGAAAAGGAUUCGCGUUUCAUCACCUCGAAUAUAUAGUAUUUUUUAAUGAAUAGAAGCGCGAUAGGGAGAGAUGUGAGAGGCUUAGCAAUCGAAAGAUGUUAGUAUACUUCUUAUUUUUUUAUAAUCGUAUAAUUUAAUUGCGGAAGGGAGAUGAGUAAAUCAAACGUACGACACAUACUCCCCGUCCCUACCCCUACUAUAUGUCGUAAUUAAUAGUCGACCUCUGAACUAUCCUAAUUCGAUGUGCACAGAACAUUUUUGGAUACGUAUGAGAGAGGUUUCACGUUGUUGCUUUAUGAAUGAAAUAAAUCAGAUUGGAAAAUGAA